AUGGAGAAGGGAGGCAGCCCCUCGGCCAGCAGCUCGGUGGCCUUGGCCUCGUCCUCCACGGCCACCUUGAAGGAGGAACUCCUGUGCCCCAUCUGCUACGAGCCUUUCCGGGAAGCCGUGACGCUUUGCUGCGGCCACAACUUCUGCAAGGGCUGUGUGAGCCGUUCCUGGGAGCACCGGCACCACGUGUGCCCCGUCUGCAAGGAGGCCUCCUCGUUCGACGACCUCCGCAUCAACCACACGCUCAACAACCUGGUGGAGAUGAUCCUGAAGGAGGAAGGGCAGCAGCAGAGCCGGGCGGCCGCCGUCUGCCCCCUGCAUCACGAGGAAGCCCAGCUCUUCUGCCUGCAGGACAAGGAGUUGGUGUGCUUCGUCUGCCAGAGCUCCAAAGAGCACGAAGGGCACAAGAUGCGGCCGGUGCAGGAGACGGCGGUGGAUUUCAGGGCCAAGCUGAAGAACAUGGAGACCUCCCUGCGGGGUAAGGUGAAGGAUUUCGGGGCCGUGCGUCGCUCCUACGAGUCCAUCUCCAAACACAACCGGGUGGAAGCGACGCGGCUGGAGGAGCAGAUCAGGAGGGAGUUUGAGAAGCUGCACGAGUUCCUGUGGGGCGAGGAGAAGGCGCUGCUGGCCCAGCUGCAGGAGGAGACGCGGCACAAGCACGACCUCAUCGAGGGCAAGGUGAAGCAGCUGGCAGAGGAGAGCCGGGCCCUGCUCCAUGAAGCCCACCAGCUCCAGGCAGAGCUCAAGGAGGAUGACUACACCUUCCUCAUGACCCACAAGACCCGCAAGCGCAGGAUCGCCUGCACGGCUGAGGAGCCGGAGGCCGUCUCCUCGGGGAUGCUCCUCGACAGCGCCAAGUACCUGGGCUCCCUGCAGUACAACGUGUGGAAGAAGAUGCUGGACUGGUAUAUCUACCGCCUGGCUGGAAAGGACAGCGAGAUGUGCCGGGCAUCCAACACGGCGCGUUCGGAGGCGGCGCUGGGCGACCUGAAACGGAUCCGGGUGGAGCUGGACUGCGACGAAGGGGAGCUCUCCUUCUACGACACCGACCGCAAGACCCACAUCUACACCUUCCACGAGAAGUUCGGCGGCACCGUCUUCCCUUAUUUCUACGUGGGGGGCGCGCCGGUGGGCGCGCUGCCCAACACGCUCCGCAUCUGUCCCCUCCGGGUCCGCAUCCACGAGGAUGUCCCUGUCUAGUGGCCACCAUCUCCUGCCACCACCGCCUCUGCCUGCAUUUGGG